GGAGACUCAGUAAAAUGGGUCACCCUCAGCUGAAGGGAAAACGAAAUGGCACUUUAACGUAGGCCCCUUCCUUUCCCUGCACCUCCCACUAGUCAAAGUCAACAGUGGGAAGUGUGCACCUCUCAUGCAUGAACUGAAUGGGAUGAAUGCCCGCUUAGGUCAUAAUGUUUUAACUCUGAUGCCUAAACCCCUGUAGGCCUGGUCUUCAGGGGGGUUCCUGAGAGCAGCUGCUCUUACUUGUGAAAAAUCAGACCUCUUAUUAUGGUGCCUAACUCCAGGCACCUGAGUUCAAGCACUCUGGCUGUAUGCCAUGUGUGUUUCCUGCCCCGGGAGGUCCUGUUCGCAGGUUGGGAUGCGUACCCAAACAACUUGGCAGCUCAGAUGUUACUCACUCCUUUGUCCAACUUUUUAAUAUCUGCUUCCUCUCCCCCUCAACCAAGCUGCAGGGCUCAUGUAUUCUUGCCCUCCCCUGACCUCCAAAUGACUUGCUAAAUUAAUGUUGUCCCUGGUGCUUAGCUGCGUCUGCACUGAUCCAUGGCACCUGUCUGCAGCAGGUGGACUUGCGGAAGAGGUGGAUGAGAGAGUUCUUCAUGCUGCCUUUAUUCCCUUUGGAGAUAUCACUGAUAUUCAGAUACCUCUGGACUAUGAAACUGAAAAGCACCGGGGAUUUGCUUUCAUCGAAUUUGAGUUGGCAGAGGACGCUGCAGCCGCUAUUGACAAUAUGAACGAAUCUGAGCUUUUUGGCAGGACGAUUCGUGUCAACUUGGCCAAGCCAAUGCGGAUUAAGGAAGGUUCUUCCAGACCCGUCUGGUCGGAUGAUGACUGGUUGAAGAAGUUUUCGGGAAAGACGCUUGAGGAGAAUGCAGAGGAAGAGGGAGCAGAGCCUUCCAAAUCAGAGACGCAGGAGGGUGAGCCUCCUGCUAAGAAGUCCAGGGCCAAUCCUCAGGUGUACAUGGACAUCAAGAUUGGAAACAAGCCUGCUGGUCGAAUCCAGAUUCUCCUGCGCUCGGACAUUGUGCCCAUGACAGCAGAGAAUUUCCGCUGCUUAUGCACCCACGAAAAGAACUUUGGCUUCAAGGGAAGCAGUUUCCAUCGCAUCAUCCCCCAGUUCAUGUGUCAGGCUGGAGAUUUCACCAACCACAAUGGCACCGGAGGCAAAUCGAUCUAUGGGAAGAAGUUUGACGACGAAAACUUUAUUCUGAAGCACACGGGACCAGGGUUGUUAUCGAUGGCAAACUCUGGCCCAAACACCAACGGCUCCCAAUUCUUCAUUACUUGUGAUAAAACGGACUGGCUGGAUGGCAAGCAUGUGGUCUUUGGAGAGGUGACGGAAGGGAUUGAGGUGGUGCGGCAGAUCGAGGCUCAAGGCAGCAAAGAUGGGAAACCCAAGGAGAAAGUGAUCAUUUCAGACUGCGGGGAGUAUGUGUGAGCCCGUCUGGAUGGGGUGACCAGAUGAGCAGUGAAGGCUGGAAGUUGUUCCGGAUGGGGAAAACAGAACUGGAGACUGCCAGGGAGAAAAGUCACCUUGUUACUCCACAAGUCCCACUUGCUGCAUAGUUUCUUUAGAAACUACCAUACAGGCUGGGGCUGAACAGUCUGGUCAGUAGACAGGACUAGGGCCAUCAUCGGGUGCUUUUUCACCCGGUGGGUCACAGGAAGCAUCCUUUAAAAAACUGUGCAAAUAGUUUGACCAAUCUGGAGUGGAUCCUGUGUCCCUCCUCUGCGAGGCAUCGCCAGUCCUGCCGGUGCCUUCCAUAGAGAAUUUUUUCUUGUUUAAAAUAAACCAGAGCUUUUAUAAAAUA